UUGAAUUAUUAAAUAUAAGUAUCUGUUUAUGGGUUUGUGUUAAUAGUUUAUUAAUCAUACACAAGAAAUUAAAAAUUGAUUCAUUUAGAAGAGGGGGAAAUAGACAAUCAUUCAUUUGUAAGAAAUGAGUGAUGAAGAAAAAUCCCUGAUGGAUCUUCCAUCUCCAAUCUUGUUACAGAUUCUCUCUACAUUACCUCCUACCACACUCUUACACGUCAAAACCCUCUCCAAAACUUAUCUAAAUCUAACCUUAGAUUCCGAAUUUUUAAAGUUGUCACGUUCAGCAUCUCCAGCUAGCAUCAUCAUCAACCAAUUCAACUCUUUUUGGAUUAACAGCUUAAAGUUGUUGAGAUUCGUUGUCGAUAAUAACUUGGAUCACGAUCCACAUGUUGACCUUCAUCUGCGACUUUCCUUUCCAUUAGAUCCAUUUUUCCUCGUUGGAUCGGUUCAUGGUUUUGUUUGUUUUAAUAGCUUUGUCGGUGAUGCUGAUAGUAUCUACAUACUCAAUCCAACAACAAGAGAAUAUAUCAUCCUUCCUAAGCCACAAGGGGUAAGAAAUUGGCCUAAUUUAGUUGCUUAUGGCUUUGGUUUCGAUCCUGUUAAGUUAGAGUACAAAGUGGUUAGAAUUUAUCGACAGGAGAUUCACGAUGAUUUCCAUAAUUACAAGUCUGAAGCUCAAGUUUACACAAUUGGGAAAGGCUAUUGGAGAAGUAUUGACCAUGUCAUGUUCCAUUUUAGAUGCAGCGGAUAUGGGGUGAAUCUAUAUGGAAAACUUCAUUGGUUGGCUUCUGAUGCUAAUGGAAAGGAGUUAAUAUGUUCGUUUAAUUUGGAGAAUGAGUUGUUUGAAUCAUUCCCAACUGCUCCAGGUUACAAUAAGGAAAAUUUUCCAAAUCUACGAAGUUUGGGGGUUUUUGGUCGUUGUCUAUGUGUUUGUGAUAAUAAUGCAGAUACUCAUUUUGAGGUACGGGUGAUGAAAGAAUACAGAGUUACUGAUUCAUGGGUUAAACAGAUUGUCAUAACCAUAACUCCUGAAUACAACGAUUGGUUGUGCGAUGAAAUGAUUAAUGUGUUGAAAGUUUUUGAUGAUGGAGAGGUGUUGUUCUUGUGGAGCGAAGAUUUCUUGUUCUUGCACCAUCCUGUGAAGAAAACUUUGAAAAGGCUUCAUGUUUGUGAUGGGAACUUCUUGGCAUCUGCUCAUGUAUCAAGCUCCUUCUCUCUCAAGGGUUUUCAAGGAGAGGUUGUGAAGGUGUUUUAGAUUAUUGUCAAAGUGCUACUUCACAAUGUUACUGCAUCAAAUGAUAUUAAGUGCUUGCAAGGACUGAAGGACUCAUUUAAGGAUCCUAAUGUAAAUUUGAAUUCUUGGAACUUCUCAAACUACUCCAUGGGGUUUAUCUGCAAGUUUGUUGGUGUCGUUUGCUGGAACAACCUCGAGAACCGGAUGAUCAGCCUCUCACUUCCAAACAUGAAUCUCAGUGUACAGCUCCCAGAUGCCUUCAAAUAUUGCUCAUCUUUGGCUACUCUUCAUCUCUCUGGUAACAGGUUCUCCGGUCCCAUUCCUUCAGAGAUUUGUAGUUGGACUCCAUAUUUAGUAAAACUCGACUUGUCUAACAACAGUUUCUCUGGCUCUAUACCUGCUGAACUUGGAAACUGAACUUGAACAAGUUGAUUCUCAAUAACAACAAACUAUCUGGAAAUAUUCCACCAGAAAUCUCUCGAUUAACGAGGCUCAAGGUGCUCUCCUUGGCUAACAAUAAUCUUUCUGGUAACCUACCACCAUUCUCAGGAUUGACUGAUUUUGAGUAUGGAGGAAAUAGACAUCUCUGCGGUGGAACAUUAGCCAAAUGUGGUUGAAGAUGGCAGAAAGUUAGCCGAGUUUUGGCUAAAAUGUAUCUGUCAUUUCAUAUUUGUAUUGUAUGGUGAAAAUGUCUGCAAUUCCAUGCUUCAAGUUAACAAAUGCAACAUCAACUUCUUUCUGUGUCCAUUCGACAAAGUUUUUGUACACAACACAAAGGAACAGAAAGUGUUGAUACUCGAACAAUCAUUGUAUUGCUAAAGGCUGUAAAGAAUGUUCUUCACAAACAGAACAAUCUAUCAACUAAAUACUACUCUUACCAUUUUUUACUCGC